AUGGCCCAACCAGCCCCUCCCCCUCACCACCCGCCAGCGGCCCAAGCUCGCACUCAAGGAUCGCCCAUGCCCACGGAUGACCGCGAGCGAACCGUAAAUAAUACGCCACCAUCGCUUUCGAGCGGACAAGGACAGAGUCGCAUCCCCGGACAAGGCUUUGGUGGUCCUCAGCCUGCAUCACCUUGGCUCGACCCUUCCUCGCAUAAUCCUCACCUCGGACGUCCAGAGCUCAACCAUAACCAGAACAGUCCUCAGCAAUCCCACUCGCCCUUCCCUCCGCCCUUCUUGCAUCCAAACUUGGCACACCUGAUGCAGCAGACACACAUGCAGCAAAUGAUGCACCAACAGCAUCCACAAUUCCAUGAUCCCAGCAAAACUCAACCACCAGGACUUGGAGGCGACUCGUUCGACGACCAGCACUCUCAGCAGGAGCGCACAUUGGACCAACGGCACUCUCAGCAACGUGCUUUCGACAAGGGCGCCACGAGCACCAUUGAGGAAUCAUCUGUGACAGCGGGAUCAGAUGUAUCUACGUCGGACCACGGAGCCCAGGCUGGCCCUCAGCGGGCAGGAGAGAGACUCCAAUUCUCAACGGACCGACACUCGAUGGACGCUCAGCUUAGACAGGGAAUGUUCCAUCCUUUGGCCCAACACCCGCAGUCCAUGUUCCCAGGACCUCCGGGAUUUGAGGGCGAAUUUGGACCACCAGGGAUGAUCCCUAUGCACACACCCAACGGUAUAGUGUUCGUCCCCAUGAACAGAGUGACGCCUCCUCCUCCUCCUCCUCCUCCUCCUCCUCCUGGGUUUGGUCACUUCCCAGUUCACUCCCCCGAUCAGGAACGACUCGCUUCACAUCAACAUCCUGGACCCCAGUUUCAACCGACACUCCAGCAACAUCAACACUUUCACCAGCAACAAAUGUUCAUGCAUCAGCAGAUGCUCCGGCAGCAACACCAAUUGCAACAGAUGUACCAAUUCCAAAACGGUCCUCAGCAUCCUUUGCAUCAGGAACAGCAACAACAAGAACAACAGGGAGCCGGUACACCGAUGUCUGAUGGAAAGAACGGACAGGAACAGCAACAGCAGCAGAAUCACCAGAUUAAAAAUAUCGAGAGCCAUAUCAACCAGCUUUUGUUCCAAGGCGGAGGCGCGGAUGGAACUUCGACUGCACCAGCUGUUGCGGCGCUGGAUGGACCCCGGCUGACAGUUCAGGAGAUUGAAGAGGCCCAGGUCAAGGAUCUACAGGGUCAAUUCCGGAGGUUUUCACUCGGCGACCCAGUAUCCCCACCUCGAUCCCGCUCGAUCUCCUCGGUGACUGACCACAUUUCUGGUGAUGGUCCACAGAUUCAAGGCAACCGCCUGUCCUCUCAGUCGUCAGCGUCGUCUCAGCAGUUCUCUACGAUGAUCCACAGUCGAUUCCAGGACCCUUCUACUACUCGAUACGAACAGCCAGUCGACAAGGCGCCAUUUUCGGCCAAGGAUAUCGACUUUUAUUCAGACAGGAAAUAUGACCCUUACCGACCGACCAACUUUGACCAGAUCACCAGAGACGCCAAGGACUUUUGUCAGGAGCUUAUGCCCAAACCAGAGGAAGAAACCAGGAAGCUGGCUCUCUUGCAAAGGCUGUCCGAUAUUGCUAUCGAAGUCUUUGGAGAGGCUGAGGUUUUGCCGUUCGGUUCCAGUGGCAAUGGACUCGCGUUAGCCAAUGCGGAUAUGGAUGUCUGUGUUUUCUUGAACCCCAAGGAAGGAUCGGAGGAAGUCUCGCCGGUAGAGUUUGUCGAGCGGUUAGGCGAGCGGUUAGAGAAGGAUCCGGAUUUCGAGAACAUCCUGCAGUUGAAGCGAGCCCGAGUCCCCAUUGUUAAGCUGAACCAUGUCAACGGGAUCGCUUGUGACAUUGGUUAUCAGAACGACCUAGCCAUAUGGAAUACGCGACUCCUAAGGGCCUACUGCAGGAUCGAUGAGCGCGUUCGGGAUAUUGUCGUUAUCAUCAAGAUUUGGGCCAAGCGCAGGAAGAUCAACAACCCCUACACAGGGUCUCUGUCGAGUUACGCCUACGUUUUGCUGGUCAUUCACGUUCUCCAGAGACAGGGAGUCUUGCCGAACCUUCAGACGAUUGUCGCAGGAAACGGCAAGGUACCAUUUUGGGAUUGCCAAGGAUUCAACCGGUACUUUUUCGAGGACAUUCCCAAUCUCUCCUACUACUGGCAGCCGACACCAGAGUCUCAACGCCAAUCGAUUGGAGAAUUACUCUACGAGUUCUUCCGUUACUAUGCCAGUGAGUUCCGCUACGCCAACCACGUAGUCAGCAUUCGCAGCGGAGGACUUUUGACCAAGGAGGUGAAAGAAUGGACAAAGGAUCACACACAACCUCCUCCCCAACAGCAACAGCAACAGCAACAACAGCAGUUUCAGCCACUAUCGGAGGCGCCUGCUGACGACACAGAGCUGGCCCAAUCGGCACCAGCGGCCGAUGCAAAGCCUGUUGUCAAGAAUAGAUAUCUAUUCUGUAUAGAAGAUCCUUUCGGCAGACCCGUCGACCGUUAUUCGUUGUUCACGAUCCGAGGCGAGUUUAUGAGGGCGGCCAAGAUUUUGAGCAGGAAGGGCGAUGGGGUUAUUGGCAGAUUGUGCGUUGAACGAGAGGUGCCACAGCACCAGGAAAGGAACCGCAACGGAAGCGUCGACCAAGGAGACGAUCAGGCAAAGGACAGGCAAGGACCAUCCAGCCCCGACGGCAAACCAGGACCAAGGACGUCGUUCUCGACGGGCGAGGAGCGGCCAAGGGUUGGAUUUCACGAAACAGAGUCAGGAAAUGAUACUGGAUCAAGGCGGUCGAGUGGGCGACGGAAUUAUUAUAAGCGGGCGACCAUUGGAAGCGAGCCCAGGCAUUUCAACCGACCAUAG